AUGCUCAUGAAGCUCCUCACUUCGACCGCCUACAUUGCCCAUCGCGUGUACCCGGCUAUUCGGAUCUGGUCAAGCCGGUUUAAGAGUCCACUGUUCAAUGCACUGAGUCAGCUAACCGGAGUUCAAUGCAUCCGGGUCAAUCCCCGAUGGAACCGGCGUUCUUUUACCACACACUCUACUCCAGCUUCUGAAAAGUUUAUUGAAAGGAUUUACGACAAUAUAGAAAAAAUCCCAGAUCAUGUAAUAAAAGUCAUAGAAGAAGAGCUUACAAAGCUAGAGCAGUCAGAAGAAGACAGAUUUUCAUUCGAUGACGAUGAUUCCCAUGGCUACCUUGAUUGGUUGACCAGAUUGCCUUGGGGAAACAUCAGUGCUGAGAAUUUUGAUGUCUUACGGGCAGAAAAGAUUCUUGACGAGGAACAUUAUGGAUUAUCCGAUGUAAAAGAAAGAAUACUAGAGUUUAUUGCUGUGGCAGGUCUUAGAGGCACUUCACAAGGGAAGAUUAUAUGUCUCUCGGGCCCUCCUGGGGUAGGGAAAACAAGCAUUGGGCGUUCGAUUGCACGUGCUCUUGACCGCAAGUUCUUCAGGUUCUCUGUUGGAGGACUAUCUGAUGUUGACGAGAUUAAGGGGCAUUGUCGAGUAUAUAGAGGUGCCAUGCCUGGAAAGAUGGUGCAAUGUCUAAAGAGUGUGGGAACAGAAAAUCCUCUUGUUCUCAUCGAUGAGAUUGAUAAGCUUGGAAGUGGCUAUGAGGGCGAUCCAGCCAGUGCAUUGUUGGAGGUUAUGGAUCCAGAACAGAAUGCAACUUUUCUAGACCAUUAUCUCAAUUUUACUAUUGACUUAUCAAAGGUUUUAUUUGUAUGCACAGCAAAUGCGAUACCUCUGCUAGACAGAAUGGAGGUGAUUAGUAUCGCAGGGUAUGUCACUGAUGAGAAAAUGCAUAUUGCUAGACACAGUUUGGUGAAAAAGACAUGCAGAGAUUGUGGGAUUAAGCCUGAACAGGUUGAUGUCAGUGAUGCAGCUCUUCGUUCGUUGAUAGAAAAUUACUGCAGAGAACCAGGAGUUAGAAAUCUCCAGAACCAUAUUGACAAGAUCUACCGCAAGAUUGCUCUUAAACUAGUACGCCAUAAACAAACUGAGAAGAUUUAUCGUGAGAUUGCUCUUACACUAAAAAGCCAAGGAGCAUCCAAGGAAGCGCCUGCAGUUUCGGCUGAAGAUACUAAAAUUUUGGCCAAGACCGAUUUGAGAUCCCCAAAGACCUCUGCAGAAGGAUCCACUGUGUUGAAAGCUAAGUCAGCAACUGAUGAUACAACAGACUCAAAGACUGAUCAGAGUAAAGAAGUAGCUGAAAAGGUUAUAAUCGAUGAAUCAAACCUUGAAGAUUAUGUGGGCAAAAAAGUAUUCCGUGAAGAGAAGAUAUAUGAACAGACACCAGUCGGGGUUGUAAUGGGUCUAGCUUGGACAUCCAUGGGUGGCUCAACAUUGUACAUAGAGACAACCUUUGUAGAAGAAGGGAAAGGCAAAGGCAAAGGAAAAGGUGGCCUAGAUGUAAUGACAGGUCAGCUCGGUGACGUGAUGAAAGAAAGCGCCCAGAUCGCGUACACGUUCGCCACAAGAUUCUUGCUUGAGAAAAAACCCAAGAACCUCUUCUUUGCCAAUUCCAAGCUUCAUCUACAUGUUCCUUCUGGAGCCACACCAAAAGAUGGCCCAAGCGCAGGCUGCACAAUGAUCACUUCGUUUCUAUCACUUGCCAUGAAGAGGCCUGUGAGGAAAGAUCUUGCUAUGACCGGAGAAGUCACCCUAACCGGUAGAAUUCUUCCAAUAGGCGGCGUUAAGGAGAAGACUAUAGCAGCGAGACGGAGUCAGGUGAAGAUGAUAAUAUUUCCGGAGGGUAACCGUUCAGAUUUUGAUGAGCUCCCGGAAAACGUGAAAGAAGGGCUCCAUGUUCAUUUCGCCGAUGAAUAUGAGCAGAUUUUCGAACUAGCCUUUGGGUACGAGUAA